ACGCAGUCGAUCGGCAACCUCGACGCGUUCUCGAGUCUUUCGUUCCGCUUGAGCUCGAACUCAAACUCUUACCCAGGUGGCGUGCCAGUGCUCACCUGUCAGCGUCAAUUUUUACCUGAGAUCCUCUACCAAGUCGGGGACUAGCCCGACCAAUCGACGUGCCCGACCCUGGGGCCCCACGCUCGGCACCCAUUGCGUUUCUCGAACGCCUCGAAUACGCUCGGCUCGAACAGGCGUUUAGUUCAGGAAUUCCACCGUGUGCAAUAACAAGAGCAGCAAUCUUGCGUAAACCGAUCCUCCCGCUUUGCGCACAGUUCGUCACGAGAUCGUCCACAUUGGAUCUUUUGCUCGCUGGAACGUCAUUCAACAUUCGUAGAGCAGGAUAAACAGCAAGAUGGAAGUCAUGGCAGCUCGGCUGCUGACCAUCUUCCUGACAGCCAUUGCUGUCGCAGCCGCCGUUCCCACGACUUCAUACUCUACUACGGAAAGUCCUAUUUCUUCUACAUUCGCAAGCCAAGUAAAUGCAACAACUGCCGCAAAUCUAAACCCAACACCGAGCGACAAAUUAUUAGACUACGCUAGGCCUUUCGCGAAUGUGAAAGACAUAUUGAUGCAAGAAAUUCACGAUUUAGAUAAAGACGCUCCAGAUGCCAAGAUCCAGGAAGAAGUGGCGGAGACCCUCAGGGCCGAAGCACAAAGAGACCGCACAAUUAAGACGACCGUAAAACCGACGACGGAAAAAGCGCUGAAAGUUGAGGACAUAAAGAAAUUCGAGGACAUGCCGUACGAAGAUGAUCUCAGCGACGAGGAAAACGAGAACGAUGAGUACGACGAGAACGACGAGAACGACGAGAAUGACGACGAUCUCGACGACGACGAAGGAGUAAUGAUGCAGUGCCCUGAUUACUGCAAAUGCGCCGGGCAAUAUGCCUCCGCUAUGUCAGCAACAUGCGUGAAAUUAGUUGAUGGGCAAUCCUUCGCGCCGGGCAUCGCGCAUUUGCGAAUUGAAAACGCCGGCCAGAUUCGUCUGGGACCGAAUGCUCUGCGAUCUCGCGGUCUUCAACAAUUAGAAACCAUCACCAUCAGCGACACGCACAUAAUCGAGUUAGACCGCUCGGCCUUCAACGGCCUCACAUACCUAUUCACCGUGAACUUGACGCGGAACGGUCUUCAGGAUAUUCAUCCAAACACUUUCCAGAACAACACGCAACUCGGCCUGCUCACGAUCGCCGGUAAUCCGCUGAAGCACAUGCUAGACUCAAAGACCAGACACUAUCUGCUGCACGCAUCAUCGAUGACCGAACUUGACUUUUCGAAUAAUGGAAUAACGAAGCUGAAACGCACUGCCUUCGUUAAAAUGCCUGACCUCAAUUUCAUCAAUUUACACGGCAAUAAGUUGAAAAAUAUCGACUUCAGGCUCUUCGAUGAGUUGGACUCGCUCAUAGAUGUGAAUCUCUCAGAUAAUCUUCUGGAAGAUUUGCCGCUUGGGUUGUUCGUUGAUAAAUACAUCCAAACUCUUAACAUCGCUGGAAAUAAUUUUACGACGUUGGAGGACAUAAGUUCUCAUGAGAUGACGGUGCUCGAUGCUUCGAGAAACAAGAUCAAGGCGAUCGGCAAAGAGGAUCUGGAGGGUCUUCCAUCGUUGGAACAAUUACACAUCAGAUCAAACAAUUUGAAGAGGAUCCAUCAACACGCUUUCAGCAAACUCUACGAGUUAACGUAUCUGGAUAUCAGCGAUAACAGGCUCACGUCGUUGACCGACCAUCACUUCAAAGACAUUGCAAAGUUACAAAUUCUACUGAUGAAUGACAACCCCGCUUUGCAGACUCUGCCGAUUUUCAAAACCUACGGUUACACUUACAACUCAUUUAGCAUCUACCGUUUCGAAUGCGCGAACUGCGGUCUGGAUAAUCUUGAUGCAGAGACGUUCGAGCAAAUGCCGACGUUGACUCGAUUGAAUCUUGCGAAGAAUCGUUUGACCAGCAUACCCGCUGGACUCCUCAAUCUUCCGUCUCUUCAAGAAUUGGAUCUUUCCGACAAUAUUAUCACCUUUCUCGAGCCAGACAUGUUCCACGGCGCCAAAAGCUUGGACAAACUGAGUCUCGCCCGCAAUCCGCUGAGGACAUUGCAAGUGGAGCCGUUCCUCAACUGUCCCGAUCUCAAAAAGCUGGACGUGAGCCAUUGCAACUUGGAGCGCGUCUGGAGCGAAGCUAGAGUGCCGUUGCCGAAUCUACGGUUCCUGUCGGUUCGCGAAAAUCUUUUACGGCGAAUCACCGUCGAGGAGCUUCAAGCUACGCCGAAACUCACUGGUCUAGAUCUGUCGCGCAAUCCCUUGAAUUGCGACAAUGAAUUCACCGAAGCUGUACAAUAUCUCACCGAUAACGGUAUUGUGCCGACGGAAACAUUCAGUCAUGUCAACGAUUUUGAAUUCAACAUCGAGAACGAUGCCGAUUCCAAGGGCAUCAGCGAAUGGACGGAUCUAGCGAAGAUAGUUUGCGAUGGAAUCGACGCUGGCCCACCGAGCAGACCGAUUCCUAAAAAGAGCGAGCAGCCGAAAGUUCUUCUAGGACUCGACGUUCCAGAGAACUCAGACUCAGAUACCCUGAGAAACGAGCUUGAUAAGGACGAGAACCUGUUAAAGCUCGAGAUCGAUCAUGGAAUGCGGGAGGUCGAGGAUCCACGACUUCUGGAAGAUCAAGAAUACGAGGAAGACUUCACGAUUACGGAAUAUCACUCUUGGUACAACCUGAGGCCCGGCUUUAAGGUCUGGCUGGUUUCCGGCACGGUUCUAUCCGUUCUAGUCGUCUUCCUGCUGGUAAUGCGCAUUGCUUGCUUCUUGGCAAACAAACGUGGACGAGGUCCCGUCCUCAGGCCACCUAUGAUCCUACGUCAAGGUCUGAUCGACAACAAGAACUGCGGUUUGGUGUACAAACCGCUGCACGAAGAAAUAGCAACGCCUCAUAUGCCAAAACGAGGUAGCUUCUACUCAAGCAGUACCUUCCAUUACGACAAAAUCGUGCCAGAGAGUGUAUAGAGAUAAAUUCCUGAUUAAUCAAGUGGCCAAUUACGGGGCGAUCGGUUGACGUGAUUGGUCGUGGAUGCGGGCCGCCGAAGACUACUCUCACAAACCAAGAGAAAUUCUUUACAGACUGUUAUCGGGUGAUCGACGGGAGCGGAUUCGAGAAAAUAUGUAGACUCGAGAGAGAAAAUACAUUCGAGAAAAUAGAUUCAAAAAAAUAGAUUCAAAAAAAAAUAGACGAGCGAGUAACUUUAUCGCGAAAAUAUAUAUCUUUAGUUUCCAAUCAAAAUGAUUAAUUUCUUUUCUUUUGGUUCGAUCAUAGCUUGCUAUAUUGUAAGCUUGCGUAAACUGAUUUCCAUUGAAUCAAUAUAAAAAAUGGACGAAAGUCCAGAUAAUAAUAAUUAUGAGCAUUUAAUUCGAUCUCGUAGAAAUGCGAUUUACCGAAACGCACAUUUCACGGGCUACAAAAAAACGUGAUUAAUAGAAGUGUUUGUUGUUUGUAUUAACGCGAACAUGAUGCCUGAUAGAAGUAAGAUAUAAUCGACAUUCACAAUAACUUAGAUAUAAGCAGCAGUGCUAUCUUAUAAUCGAUGAGUAUAAAUUUUUUUGUAAGAAAGUUUAGAUCACUUUUGUGUAGAGAGCUACGAAAACUUUCAACAAAGUACUUAUUAUUUAUAAACUUGAAGCUUACAGCAAUUUCCCGUCGGAUAAACAUACUGGCCGACGAAUUUUUAAACAUAAAAAUAAAAAAUGCCUAGAUGUAUUUAAUUUAAUGAAAAAAAUAAAAUAAAGAGUUUACAUAAAAAAUUAAAUAAAGAGGUACAAUUUAACGAUAAUUUCAAUAUCGCAGAAAUUGUGCAAAAAGCGAUUGGUGAUGGACGAACGAAUGAAUUACGUAUCAUGGAUGUACAAUUUUAUAUAAAACAAUAAAUUAAGAGCUUCCAGUAGAACGCCAGGUUAUAGUAAUAUAUAUCAAUAGUAUCGUAAAAAA